AUGUACAAGAGAAUAAAGGGCAUAAAAGGAGAUUUUAACAAGAAAGAACGUUUUUUCAAAGAUGAUGAUGGAAUGUUAAUAACUACAGAAAAAGAAAUAGCUGAAAAAUGGAGAAAGUAUUUUAAAGGACUAUUAAACUGUGAGGAACCAACCGAAAAGUUCCCUUUUAAUAUUGAGAACAUAAAUACACAAGAAUGUCUGUACCCUACAUUAGAGGAAAUAAAAGCACAAGUGCAUAGAUUAAAAAAUCACAAAUCCCCGGCAGAAGAUUGUAUUCAAGCGGAACUCUUAAAAAAAGGAGGAGAAAAUGUUAUAUGGUGGAUCUGGAAAGUGGCGGUAAUAUGCCCAAUUCACAAAAAAGGAGACAAACAAGACUGCAAUAACUACCGCAGAAUAUCCUUGCUUAAUGUAGUUGAACUCGGGGCUAAGACAAGGAGACAAGGAGAUUUGCUAUCGCCGAUUCUGUUCAACGUGGUGUUGGAAAAGGUUAUUAAGGAAAUGAAGAUUGGCUCUAACGAGGGUAUUAGACUACAAGACAAGUCGAUAAGCCUACUUGCUUAUGCUGACGAUAUUGUAUUGAUGGAAGAGUCUCAGGAUAGAUUGAAGAUUUUAUUCAGUAGACUGCAUAAAGCAGCAUCAAAAGUAGGACUAUGUGUAAACGAAGAAAAAACAGAGUAUAUGUUUUUGAGUAGACUACCUUUUUAUCAGUCCAUAAAAAUAGAUCAAUAUGAAUUUAAAAGGGUAGAACAGUUCAAAUACCUAGGGUCUAUUUUGUCUGAAAAAAAUAAUAUAGCAUUCGAGGUAGCAGCAAGAAUCCAAGCUGGGAAUAAAUGCUAUUAUGGACUGACUAAGGUACUAAGCUCACGAGCAGUAUCGCGAAGAUUGAAAGAACAGUUAUAUACGUCCUUAAUACUAUCGGUGGUACUGUAUGGAUCGGAAACAUGGCCACUCAGAAAAAUGGAUAAGCAAAGAUUCAUGGUCUUUGAAAGAAAAGUGUUACAGAAAAUAUAUGGCCCGGUCAAAGAUGAAAUAACUGAGGAGUGGAGACGAAGAAAGAACUCAGAGCUGGAAACAUCAUACAGCAGUUCAGAUAUAGUGGAGGGCAUCAGAAGCAGAAGACUACGGUGGGCUGGCCAUGCUUGGAGGAGCCAAAAUCCACUAUUACAUGCAGUGAUUGAAUAA